AUGCCUAACUUGAGACAUACUGCUGGAGGAUUUUUCAUGUACUUGCUAUUCUUGUUGACCAUUCAACAGUGUAUGUCGUUCACAUUCAAGUGUGUUGCCACUGUGACUAAAGAUGGUACCACAGCUCAUGCCAUUGGUGGUUUAUGGGUUUUGAUGAUGUGUGUUUAUGCUGGAUUUGUGCUUCCAUUGACACAAAUGCAUCACUGGAUUAAGUGGAUUCAUUACUUGAAUCCUAUGUUCUACUGUUUCUACUCCUUGAUGGGUAAUGAAUUCCACAGAAGACAUAUGGAUUGUUAUCAAUUGGUUCCAUCUGGUCCAGGUUACGAAAACACAUCCCUUUCCAACCAAAUAUGUAGUAUUCCAGGUUCCAUUGCCGGACGUGACUGGGUCUUGGAGAUGACUACCUAUACAAGGCCUUUGAUAUUAAAUGGCACAUGGUGUGGGAAUACUGGG